GAUGGAAAAAAUUUUUGCUGUCGAACUAGGGACGUGCCAUGUUGUUUGCUUGCUCAUAUAAAAUCUCAGAUUGAAAACAGAGCAUUGAACAGUCAAAUGACAGUUUGUGAAGCACAAAACAAGGUUAGAUCCGGAUCAUUUUUUAAAGCAUAAAUGUCCUUGAUCUCCCCUUUCACUUCUUCUCAGUUAUCAGGAAGAUCCAUCGUUCUUUCUUCUUUACUCAUAUUAAUAAUAGUGUUUCAUCUACUUACUGAACUUACUACCAUCCAAAUAUACCAAAUAGAAAAGUGUUCUACAAUUUUCAAACGCCAAACAAUUCACAAAAUCAGUAUAAUCACAUAGAUAAAUGUCGUCCAUCGCAUCUAUACAUACCAACGCAACGACAGCAGAACAACAAGAACAACAAAAAGCUGACGUAAAAUCAACAUUCAAUGAAGUCACUAAGCCUGUAUUGAGCUCAAAGCUCAACAAUAAAUGGGUUCAAUCGCCCAUCAUCUCGUGUAUAGCAGGCUGUAUCAUUUUGUGGGCAUCGUUUGGCGUGCGGCAAUCCAUCGGCGUCUUUUUAGUGCCCGUUACGCAGGAUACAGGCUGGGAUAGGUCUACAUUUUCAAUAGCAGCUGCGGUUCUCCAGCUUCUUUGGGGCUUCUCCCAACCUUUUUUGGUAUUUCUUGCCGAGCGUAAAUUUGGUUUUGGGAAAACAAUCUUCAUCAGCAAUAUUCUAUAUGGCGUAGGUUGCUUUAUUUUGUAUGCCUCUAGAAAUUCUGCUGGGUUAUAUAUCUUUGCAAUAGGCGUUGUAGUUGGUAUCAGUGCAGGCGGUAAUUCCUUUCCCAAUGUUUUGGCGUCUGUAGGCCGACGAUUCCCUCAGAAUUCGAAGCAGCAGAGCAUGGCUUUUGGUAUAGUAUCCAGUUUUGGUAGUUUUGGCCAAUUUUGUUACUUGCCAAUGACCAGAGCUUUGAUUGCUUCCAUAGGAUGGCGAAUGACUUUUGUUGUUCUAGGCGUUAUAAUGGUAGCGACUGCUUCAUUCGCAAUUUUUUUGCAAACUGUUCCGCCGACACCAUCAUUACCAGCACCGACUGAUGAAGAACAAAAGCAGGACAGCAAUGAUAUCAGCGAAAAACCGGCAGAAAUGCUAACUACUGGACUCGAAACAGAAAAUAAAACUUACCAUAAAGAAGAGAUAAGUACGGCAUAUGAUGAAGAUGAUAAUAGACCUUUUGAAGACAAAGCAGCUCCUGAUAUUAAGUCGGCCCUGAAAGAAGCUCUGACAGAUCCUACGUUUUUGUUCAUUACAUUUGGCUUCUCAGUUUGUGGAUUUCAUGUAACGUUCCUCGCGACUCACUUCCCAGCUUACUUGCAAGAUAAUAAUAUUAACCCUGAUUUUGCAGCCUGGACAAUAUCCAUCCUUGGAUUCUGUUCUAUGGUCGGCACAAUCAUUACAGGUUACUUAUCAUCAAUCGUGAGCCCACGUUAUGUGCUUAUGGGUAUCUAUAGUCUUCGUGCAGUCUUCCUCAUCAUCAUUGUUUUCAUACCGAUUUCAGUCACCACAGUAGUUAUAUUUUCUGUUUUCUUUGGGUUCUUAUGGCUUUCUACUGUACCUCCUACUACCAAAUUUGUCAAUGAUGUCUAUGGUCAAAAAUAUCUAGGUACCUUGACUUCAAUUACUUUUGUCGGUCAUCAAGUAGGUGCAUUUUUAGGUGCAUAUAUCGGAGGUUACAUCUACGAUCAGAAGCAUUCCUAUAGAGAUAUGUGGUAUGGAUCCAUUGCAGUUGCUGUAUUUGCUGUAGUAAUGAAUUUCCUUGCAGGUUAUGAACCUUUACAAAGAAUCAGAAUUAAGAAGAGUAAUCAGAAAAUCUUGGGAAAACAGUAGUUGAAAGCUUGCUGAACGGAUUGAUUAGAAACAUCAACAAAAAAAGAAAAAACCGCUUUGCUGGGAGUAUACCCUAAAAUAUUGCUGCAAAUGAAAAAGAUCUACGCUUUUAAAUCAGAUUAUGCUUGUUUACUAUAGUUUGAUUAAAUACAAUUUGUUUCAUUCAUGAUGACAGCUUUGGUUUAGAAACCCAGUUUUGUUCCUGAAAAUUGACUUUCGUCCAGUGUCACCAUCAUUGCAAAGGUUCAAUGUCUGAAUAUAAAGGAUAGCCAAUAAGAGGGCGUCAUUUUUUAAGAUCAUAACAAUUUACCAUGUGUUCCACCUAUUUAGG